AGGAGAAAGUCCUGGUUUGUUCCGUGACAUCCAAAACCCUAACAACAAACCCAGUGAAAUUAAAGAUUUGGAGUUGAGUUGAUUGAAGACGAUGUCCUACGACGACGUGGAGAUCGAAGACAUGGAAUGGAACGAGGAGCUUAAGGCAUUCACAUAUCCGUGUCCUUGUGGAGACUUGUUUCAGAUCACAAAAGAGGACUUGAAGAUCGGUGAAGAAAUCGCUCGGUGCCCUAGUUGCUCUCUUUACAUCACUGUCAUAUACAACAUGGAAGACUUCACCAAUCAGAAAUCUAAAACGAAUAUCGAACCGGCGAAGCAACAACCUGUAGCUGUCGCUUGAAGAAAAUUCAGUUAGUUAUAUAGACAACUCAACUGCUGAUGGCAACAAGUUUUGAUGAAGCUGAGUACAUCAAUCAGAGCCAGAUAUGAUUUUCUGUU